UUCUUCUGGAAAAGCCUGACUGGUAGGAUUCCUUUAAGGGCUCAGCCCCAAAGUCCUUUAUGUCAUCACUUCAGCUACUUGAAAACUGAAGCUCCAGAAGAUCUCUGAAAGAAAGAGAACCUGCUGGGCUCAAGCACUUCCCACCGAUGGCCAAUCCUAAGGGUAGUGCUGUUACUAAUGGGACUGUCCACAAUCCCAAGACUCAGCACAGAAAAUGGCAAAGCACUGACUGUGUGAAAAAUGGAAUCCCCAAAGAAGCCCAGCAAAAUUCUAAGAAGCCACGUUUUUUUGAUAAGCCCAUCUUUGAGUCCUACCCGGAGCCACCACUGUAUGUCUUGGUUUUUACUUACAUGGGAUAUGGAAUCGGAACCCUAUUCGGCUACCUCAGAGACUUCAUGAGAAGCUGGGGAAUAGAAAAAUGCAACGCAGCUGUGGAGCGAGAAGAACAAAAGGAUUUUGUGCCGCUUUAUCAGGACUUUGAGAAUUUUUAUAAGAGGAACCUUUACAUGAGAAUCAGAGACAGCUGGAAUCAGACGGUCUGCAGUGCCCCAGGGCCCUACUUGGACAUAAGGGAGAAAGUGUCCGAUGACUAUAACUGGACAUUCAGGUAUACUGGAAGAGUUCUCAAAGAUGUCAUCAACAUGGGCUCCUACAACUACCUUGGGCUUGCAAGCAAAUAUGACGAGUCCAUGAAGACAGUAAAGGAUGCUUUAGAAGAGUAUGGUGUAGGUGUGGCCAGCACCAGACACGAAAUGGGUACCUUGGAUAAACAUAAAGAGCUGGAGGAGCUCAUGGCUAAGUUCUUGAAUGUAGAAGCAGUGAUGAUCUUUGGAAUGGGAUUCGCAACCAACUCAAUGAAUAUCCCUAUAUUUGUUGGAAAGGGAUGCCUCAUUUUAAGUGAUGAGUUAAACCACACAUCUAUCAUCCUGGGGGCUCGACUCUCAGGUGCAACCAUAAGACCCUUCAAACACAACAAUGUCCAAAACCUAGAGAAGCUCCUAAGAGAAGCUAUCAUCAAUGGCCAGCCUCGCACAGGCCGAGCUUGGAAAAAGAUUCUCAUCCUGGUAGAGGGCGUCUACAGCAUGGAAGGUUCCAUUGUGAAUCUGCCCCAGAUAGUGGCUCUAAAGAAGAAAUACAAGGCUUAUCUCUACAUGGAUGAAGCUCACAGUAUUGGUGCUACGGGCUCCAGUGGCAAAGGUAUCAGAGAGUUCUUUGGACUGGCCCCUGAAGAUGUGGACGUAUACAUGGGCACAUUCACCAAAAGCUUUGCAGCCUCGGGAGGCUAUAUAGCAGGGAAAAAGGAAAUUGUGGAUUAUGUACGGAUUCACUCACAUAGUGCCACUUAUGCGACAUCCAUGAGUCCCGUAAUAGCAGCGCAAAUCAUCAGAUCCUUGAAACUUAUUAUGGGAGAAGAUGGGAACCUUGGAGGUCUGCAGAGAAUACAGCAACUUACAAAAAACAUAAAAUACUUCCGACAGCGGCUGAUAGAAAUGGGAUUCAUCAUCUAUGGCAAUGACUACUCUCCCAUUAUCCCUGUGCUCCUGUACAUGCCUGCUAAAGUAUCUGCUUUUGGAAGGUAUUUGCUUAAGAAAAAAAUCGGGGUGGUGGUUGUUGGAUUUCCAGCCACUGCCUUGACAGAAGGUCGGGCUCGCUUCUGCCUUUCAUCAGCACAUACUAAGGAGAUAUUAGAUGAAGUUUUGGAAGUUGUUGAUAAACUCGGUGAUCUCCUGAAUGUGAAAUACUUCCCACUCAAGAAGUCAGGACGCCCUGCACUCUCCAAUGAGAAGAGUUCUGACAGUGAAGCAAGCUUUGAUGAGAUGAGCAUUGAACCUGAAACAUAAGUUUCCUGGCAUAAUGAACGGAACAUAAAGACUGCCAGAAGACUUUCUUCCUCCUUUGUCUCACAAGGAAUAUAGCUGUAUUUUACCCUUUCCUCGGGACAAUUUUAUUUUCCAAACCAGCUUAAUUGAGUGAGGGAAAUAGUCAUUUCUUUAAUGUCUCUAACCUGCUGCUACAAAAUCAAAAUACACAUCAAAUUCUAGAUUUACAUUUUCCCUCUCCUUGGCUGGAAAUACACAAAUGCACACUUGGAGUAUUUUUUAAUGGCAAGGAGCUUGUGUUUUAGCUGCUACUCUCCAGGUUUUGAGUCAGACCCUUUCAAGGGCUCCGACCAAAUGAAAGGAUUUUGAUUUUUAACUGGAUAAUCUUACUGUGUGUUCAACUAUGCCAUCUGCACACAUGAGAAAAAGGGACAGAGAGGAGCUUAUUCUCUUGCUCAACCCAUACCAAUACCAGGAACAGUUUGUAUGUAUCGUGGGAAGUUCCAGGAAGGAUGGAAGGCAAUGCUGUUUCUACUGUUGGCCACCUGUCAACUUUAUCCAAGGUCAGGUAUCAAAAGACAUAGUUAAUGAUUGGGAGAGAAUGCAAAACUAGCCAGUGGUGACUAGAGGUGUCCUUGAAGCCAAUCUCUUUUUUUUCUUGGUGCUCUCCUACACCUUUGUUGUUAAGCUUUUGGGGACUGGGAAGUUCAUGGCUCUUGUCUUCUAGAGAGGAAGAAGGAAAUUAAGCACAAAUCAGUUUAGGACCCAGACUAAAACUGUAAUAUUAAAACAAUUCAAAUGAUGCUGGUGCCAUACAGAGUGGGUUUAGCACGUUUGGCCUUAAUAACUUCCCAUUUUUCUACUGAAUUCCGAGUGAAACUCAAUUUUAAAAAAAUUUCCCAACUUACACCAGAAGAAUGAACUGGUCCAACAAGGUAUUAAAAAAUGAAUUCUCUCUCUCUUCCAAGGCUAUGUAUUUGUAGAUACCAGGUCCAGUAAAUAACAUCCUCCAUGGCACAUCUACUCAGAUUUGGUGAGAAGACACACUUUUGUGCAUCUAUGAUUCAUCCCUCUCAUGACACACAAAAAACGACACAAGCAUCUCUGAAAAAUUAGUCCUCUGCUAAUUGGUUCUAGUUGGUAUGGAAAAAGCCAGUGGAAAACCUUAUCUUUAACAAGCUCCCAGAUGGUGCCCAGACUUGGAAACUCCAAAGAGCAGUGGUGACCUUUUAGCCAAGCUUCUGUAACAGUUCGAAUGAGUUACAGAACAUUCCACUCCAUCAAAUGACACUGUAAACAAAUCACUUCAAAAGAGCUUUGGCUCUGUGUGACACAGAUGGGCUCAAGCUUUCAUGCUGUGCACAGAGACAGAAAUUCAACCUGCAACACCAAUGCUUGAUGGAGCAACACUGAUGCUCAAAGAACGUUCGAAAAGAAAGUGAUACCUUUGCAAAACUUUUUAAAAAGUAUAGCCCCCUGGUGGAUUAUAAUUUUUUUUAGUGGAUCUCUUGGGGUUGGAGAGAUGACUCAGCAGCUGAGAGCAUUUACUGCUCUUCCAGAGAGAACCUGAGUUCAGUUCCCAGCACCCAGGUUGGGUUGUUCACAACCACCUGUAUCUCCAGCUCUAGGGCAUCUGAUGCCUGUGGCUUCUGUGGGCACCAGGACUCACAUGGGCAUAUCCACACUCUGACCCACACACAUACACAUAGUUAAAAUAUAAUUUUAAAAAAAAAUCAAUCCUUUAAAAAAGUUCCCAGUUCCCAGUUAUAAAGUGCCUCAGAAGUGGUGAAAAGCUAUAGGAAUGCUGUGAUGAAGAGGAAAAGAAAUGGGUACUAUGUGUGCAGCUGCCCAUCUGAAGACUAACCUGAUAACUAGUCCAACUCUUCUGAGUGAACUGGUACAGCAUUACUUCUGCAGAGAAAACACAUAUCAUAUAGAUGCAUAAAGCAAGAAAGAUAUGUAUGUCUUUUCUUUUUAAUAUGUGCAUUCAAUGAAGUUGUUCUUAAUAAAUCACUGAACAAAAUGUAGAGUACCUAGAGUUCAAAACAGGAAAUAGGCAGUAAAGAGGGCAGAGAGAGAUCUAUGCUUCUAACAGUAAGCAUCCCCCUUCAUCUCUAGUUCUGUCUGUUAUCAUCAUCUAUGGUGUCAUACCUGCCCUAAAAUUUUAAACCACCAGAGGGAUAGGUAUAUUCCUGAUUAACAAUGCUCAUGCCUUUUACUUGCAUGGAGGAAUUUGUGUUCUGUUCAUCAUGGAGAAGAAGUUACUUUCCUGCCCAGCAUGCAGAGCAAGGAGGAGGUUCUUCCUUUUCAUUAAGAUCUGAGGAUCUUGGAGCAACUUGUUACCUUCCCAUACACAUAUGAAAAGACUUACUUUUUGUCAGAGUCUACAGUGAAUAUACACUUAGGAAAAGAACUGUAAUUCCAGUACAAUGCUUCCUGAGUGAGGAGAGACUCUGACUUCUUUGAGUGGCAGUAUAUAUAAAAUAGAAAGUAUAUAUAUAUAAAAUAGAAAGUUGUGAAUUGUAAGAAAUACUGAUUUUUAUAAGAAAAGUCCUCUAAGUUAACUAAGACUGAUUUCAAUUUGGUAGUAACUACUGAGUUUCAUUAAUCAGAGUUUGGAUCUGUUGGGAUCAAGGACUCUCUGAAUUAUAGUGUUUUAUAUCCCAUCUAUCUUAUGUGCAUGGUACCCAUAUACACACAUAUAUAUGCAUGGACACUUUUACUCUUCUUUGAAAAAGAAGAAGAGAAUCAACAGCUAGAUGAAUAUCUGACUGAAUGACUGAGAGAUAGGUGUUCUAGAAAUCAACUUUUGGGGAAACAGAAGCUGAAGUUUCCAAACUGAUAUUUGUAAGGAAGAAAAUUUUGCAUAAUGAAGGAAUGACAAUCAUAUCAUGGCAUGACAGUGUCAUGGAUACUUAGCUUUACUGCCUUUCAACAUGUUUCAGUUUGAGAGAGACCAUAGACUUCAGAAUUUAUUUAGGAAACUUGUUAACAUGACAAACCACGUGGUUCACAUCAGACCACCACUGAAUCUGAUCCCAGUGGUUCCCAGGACACUACAUUUUAACAAGCCUCCCCAGGUAAUUCCAACAUACGCCAGAAUUUGUAAACCAUUAUUAGAGCUUUUGGUAGACCAAUUGGCUCCUAUAACAUAGCAGGGAACUUUUCUGAUUCUUUGUUGAUACUAGUAAACUGAAAUGAAUUUAGUCCAUGCUUCUCCUUUCCUUCUCAAUGGGCCAUUUUCUAAGAAAUGUCGGUCUCUACGAAAAAUAGACCCAACAUUGAAAAGAUCUUCACAAGAUGCCCCCGUUCCCCCUGUAUUUUAGAUUCCUACUUUUAAUAUUCUCCUUCCCUCUCUCCAUAACUUUAAAAAGAAAAGCUCAACCUUUGACCAUUACAACUCUUCAGUCGAGUGCUAUUCUUGCCAGAUCCUCACACACACAAUGCCUCUCUACAUCUUCUUUCACAAGUAACAGAUAUAUAAAAUUCUAGCUCUUACCUUAAAAUCUAAGUUCUGAUGAAUACUUGAACUAUCUUAAAUAUACACUUUGAUUUAUAACAAUAAUAAUUUGGAAGAUAGUAACAAUGUAUUUGUGUUCUAUUCUUUUCUAAUACCAUACCCAGUUGUGUAGUGUUUUGUAAAUCAGGAAGAGAGUAUUUCUUUGCUUUGGGGGAGAUAACUCAUCAGUAAUGUAUUUCCUAUGUAACAUGAAGAUCUAGAUGAGCUUGAUCCCCAACACUUACAUAAAAAGCCAAGCAUGGUGGUAUAAGCUUGCAAUCCUAGCUCUGAGAAGGCAAAAACAAGUAGAUUCCUACCUAGUCUUAUCAAGGAGCUCCAGGUCCCGAGAGAACCUCUCUCUAAAAAUAAAGUGAAUGGUUCCUGAAGAAUAGCACUCAAGGUUGACCUUUAGCACGCACACACACACACACACACACACACACACACACACACACACACACAAGAAGAGACUAUUUCUUGGCAAUUGUUGUAGUAUAUUAUUUUGUAGCAUUGUGAAAUACAGUAUAUAGGGUGUGAAUAUGUUUAUGUUUCACUGAAACAUUUGAGAUGACCAGUUCACUUCAU